CUGGCAAUCUUCAAGUACGGUCCGGUAUCGGUCGGGAUCGAUGCUUCGCAAAGAAGUUUCAGUUACUACUCUCACGGAGUAUACUUUGAACCAAAAUGUAAUAGGGACCUGGACCACGAAGUCUUGGUGGUAGGGUACGGCACCCUCAACGGACAGAAGUACUGGCUCGUCAAGAACUCUUGGUCAAACCUGUGGGGCGACGAUGGAUACAUACUCAUGUCCUCCCGAGACAACAACUGCGGUGUGGAAACUGAACCCACCUACGUACUUAUUUAG